AUGUUUAUUCAAGUCAUGCUUUACCCCACCCAGACGCACAGCUUGCAGGACCUGCAGCAACAAGCAGCCGUCGCCUCCAAAGUGUAUGUCCAGAGGGACUACAACUCGGGUAAAAUCUGCAAGUUCCAGACCAAGUUCCCCUCUGAGCUGGAGUCUAGGGUAUGAUAACAGCUGUUGCUUAGUUAGGUAUCUCUGCCUGAACAUACAUGAUCUAAGGGAUUGGUAGUUGGUAUUCAGCAGUCAUAAAGUAUGCCUUAUUUAAUUUGAAGAACUAUAAAAUAUUUAUUGUUAUUUAUUAUUUAAAAUAGUCAGACAGCAUAGGCAUCAGCUCUAUAAAACAAAUGUAAUAUACAAAACGGAAAUAUUUUAUUAAAGUCGUGUAUAAAUGAUGGUUAAUAAGUGAUAAGCAGUAUGGGCAGUCAAUACCAUCAUGUGACUUUUAAUAAUUAUUUUAUUCUGUGUUACAGCAUUCAACCAACAAUGCAUAGUGCAUUUAAUGUAAAAUAAAUAAAUAAUCAUAAACCCUGAUUACUUUUUAUAAUCGAACCGAAACGACCUCAAAGCACUAAUCAUUCAACACUAGUGCACUCUGUAGAGUACCACAGUAUGAGUCAUAAUACCCAUAAAACCAAGCGGUCAAACAGGGAAAUGGUUCCAAUUGUUUUUCCACCAUUCAUUUUUCCCAUAGGGGAUUUUAGAAACACUUCAAAUAAGGACUGUGCUUUGUGUAGGCUUACCCUGGUGUGACGUUUUGAUAACCGUGUAAAUCUCUAAAUUAAAUGCUAAUUAGCUGCUAAUGUGGCUAUCAUAAAGAACUACAAACUCCAUGAUGAUCUGGACGAGACUGCCGAAUCGAGGCACUGGUAAUAAUCUCUGGAUUGUAUUAUUUAUUAAUGAUAUUAUGAAUAGAAAUGGUGGCCCUGGCUGGGCUCCUUCCUUGCGGAGAGCAUAGUCCCGCUCAGCCCAGUCAAACUGUUCGCUGCUCUGGCCCCAAUGGUGGAACAAGCUCCCUCACGACGCCUGAAGGAAGGGAGUCACUCACCACCUUCCGACAUUUGAAACCCCACUCUUUAAGGAUACCUGGGAUAGGAUAAAGUAAUCUUCUACCCCCCCCCCCCCCAAAUUGUAAGUGGUUAUCCCACUGCAUAGGGUGAACGCACCAAUUGGUGAGUCGCUCUGGAUAAGAUUCGUCUGCUAAUGACAAAUGGUCCCUUGAGCAAGGCACUAACCUAAUGCUCCUGUAAUCGCUCUGGAUAAGAGCGUCUGCUAAAUGACUAAAAUGUAAAUGUAAAAUGAGUUGUGUCACGUAUGCAGCUAUCGAAAUAUAUAUGGGAAUGUCUGCUCAAUCCAAAGUUAGAACCAACUGAUUGCAGCAUUACCACAAAAAUGGAGGAUGCAAGUGUAAGAGGGAAGGUAGGGAACAUGUUCGUCUGCCAUUUACUAAAGAUCCAAAUUGGCUGAAAAGGAUUGGCAUAAAUAGACAAAUCUACCAUUUUCAUUUGAGGACAAAAAUGUUGACAGCUGCGCCAUACAGGUUGCAAAAUAAAUGGGAAGAGAUUUUCGAUGUACUGAUUCCAUGGUAUAUGAACGGAUACAAAAAAUAACACUUUAUUCAACACUGAGUUUUUCUAUUUAAAUUAUUAUAAAAAAUUCUUGCCACCAACAGAAUGAUAUAUACAGUACCAGUCAAAAGUUUGGACACCUACUCAUUCAAAGGUUUUUCUUUAUUUUUACUAAUUUCUACAUUAUAUAAUAAUAGUGAAGGCAUCAAAACUAUGAAAUAACACAUAUGGGAUCAUGUAGUAACCAAAAAAGUGUUAAACAAAUCAAAAUAGAUUUUUAUAUUUGAGAUUCUUCAAAUAGCCACCCUUUGCCUUGAUGACAGCUUUGUACACUCUUGGCAUUCUCUCAACCAGCUUCACCUGGAAUGCUUUUCCAACAGUCUUGAAGGAGUUUCCACAUAUGCUGAGCACUUGUUGGCUGCUUUUCCUUCACUCUGCAGUCCAACUCAUCCCAAACCAUCUCAAUUGGGUUGAGGUCGGGGGAUUGUGGAGGCCAGGUCAUAUGAUGCAGCACUCCAUUACUCUCCUUCUUGGUAAAAUAGCCCUUACACAGCCUAGAGGUGUGUUAGGUCAUUGUCCUGUGGAAAAACAAAUGAUAGUCCCACUAAGCCCAAACCAGAUGGGAUGGCGUAUCGCUGCAGAAUGCUGUGGUAGCCAUGCUGGUUAAGUGUGCCUUGAAUUCUAAAUAAAUCACAGACAGUGUCACCAGCAAAGUACCCCCACGCCAUAACACCACCUCGUCCAUGCUUUACGUUGGGAAAUACACAUGCGGAGAUCAUCCGUUCACCCACACCGCGUCUCACAAAAACACAGCGGUUGGAACCAAAAAUCUCAAAUUUGGAGUCCAGACCAAAGGACAAAUUUCCACCGGUCUAAUGUCCAUUGCUCGUGUUUCUUGGUCCAAGCAAGUCUCUUCUUCUUAUAGGUGUCCUCUAGUAGUGGUUUCUUUGCAGCAAUUCAACCAUGAAGGCCUGAUUCACACAGUCCCCUCUGAACAGUUGAUGUUGAGAUGUGUCUGUUACUUGAACUCUGAAGCAUUUAUUUGGGCUGCAAUUUCUGAGGCUGGUAACUCUAAUGAACUUAUCCUCUGCAGCAGAGGUAACUCUUGGUCUUCCAUUCCUGUGGCGGUCCUCAUGAGAGCCAGUUUCAUCAUAGCACUUGAUGGUUUUUGCGACUGCACUUGAAGAAACGUUCAAAGUUCUUGAAAUGUUCUGUAUUGACUGACCUUCAUGUCUUAAAGUAAUGAUGGACUGUCGUUUCUCUUUACUUAUUUGAGCUGUUCUUGCCAUAAUAUGGACUUGGUCUUUUACCAAAUAGUGCUAUCUUCUGUAUACCCCCACCCCCUACCUUGUCACAAUACAACUGAUUGUCUCAACCGCAUUAAGGAAUACAUGGAAUACUACAUAUGGAAUCAUGUAGUAACCAAAAAAGUGUUUAAACAAAUCACAAUAUGUUAUAUUUGAGAUUCUUCAAAUAGCCACCCUUUGCCUUGAUGAUAGCUUUGCACACUCUUGCCAUUCUCUCAACCAGCUUCAUGAAGUAGUCACCUGGAAUGCAUUUCAAUUAACAGGUGUGCCUUCUUAAAGUACAUUUGUGGAAUUUCUUUCCUUAAUUCCUUAAUAGUGAAGUUUGUCGUCACUAUUAUUCUACAAUGUAAAAAUAAAGAAAAACCCUUGAAUGAGUAGGUGUGUCCAAACUUUUGACUGGUAGUGUGUAUCUCUGGAUUAACUAUCUAAUGUUAGUUAAAUGUAGUAAUUAAUAAAUUGGCUACAUUUCUUUAAAUGGACAAUUGUGAACUGUCUUGUGCAAGUUUUGAAUUGACACAUUACCUGUUAGCAAAGGUGUCAGCUAGAGAUGACGUGCAGGAGCUUGCAGGGAUUUGUAGUUUUGCAUGUUUACUUUGAUGCUAAUUAGCAUUUUCAAAUCUGAGAGUAAGUAGAGCCAAAUAUAUUGAUAAGUCACCUUAACCAUGUCAAUCUCACUCUGACAUCAAAGCGUCACGCCAGGGUAAGCCUACACGAAACACAGCCCUUAUUUGAAGUGUUUCUGAAAUACCCUUUGGGAAAAAUGAAUGGUGGAAAAAACAAUUGGAACCAUUUCCCUGUUUGACCACUAGGUUUUAUGGGUAUUAUAACCUCCACUGUGGGGCUCUAUAUAUCACCUCACAAUCGCACAUCCUUCUCUCUUCAGUAGCAGGCUUUAAAGAAACAGACCAGACAAGUAGCUGCGCAAUGGAUUAUGGUCAUUGUAGUUAAUUACCACGUAUUACGCGCUAAACUAUGCAAAAAAUAUUAGCCUGUUGGAAACUGCAACUCCCUACUACAUCGCACAGUUCAGGCUGGAUCUGAUUUAUCUCUAGAGAAACCGUGUGAUGUGUGCAUUGAGCUCACAGAAAAAAAACGAACGAAAUGGAAUUCAAAUAAUUGAACCGAUGCCGGUCAGUUGUUUAAAAUCUGAAAAAUAAUAAUUUGGGAUAAUUGCUCAGCACUUUAACACACACACACACACACAGAGAGAGAGCUACUUAGCAGUGAAUUGGUUUCUUUAAGAUUGUGUACAGUGUUCACCCUUAUUAGCACCUGAAUUAGGCCCAAUGUAUGGAAACAACUAGCUACUCACCUGUUUCCUUUUCAAAGGAGUGAGGUUUCCACUUCUCCAGACCCCCAAGAAAGGAUAAUUAUUACUCAGUGUAUUUGGCCGUGCAGACCUUUUUACUGAGUGGUCGGUGGGCGUUAUUUUUUUCAGGUUGAUAAGCAGCAGUUUGAGGAGACGAUGCAGACGCUUAACAACCUUUACGCUGAGGCCGAGAAAAUUGGUGGCAAGUCUUACCUGGAGGGCUGCUUGGCCUGCAUGACAGCCUACACGAUCUUCCUCUGUAUGGAGACCCACUAUGAGAAAGUAGGUCCCUCAGUCUUCUAGAAGUAUAUAGGCCAAGGGUUGGUAUAACAUUCAAAAUAAAAGCAAUCUGGGUCCCAAGUGUCACGCUAUGGGCCCUGGUCAAAAGUAGUGCACUUACUAUUUAGGGAAAAGGGUGUCUUUUGGGACAACCAAUGUUUAAUGACUCAUUGACCAGUGGCCAUAUUGGGUGGUCUUUUUAUGAGGCCAAGCCAUGAAUGGGUGAAAGGGCUUACUUUUUUUGUCUCUAGGUAUUGAAGAAGAUCGCUAGGUUCAUCAAGGAGCAGAAUGAGAAGAUCUAUGCUCCUCUGGGACUGCUGCUGACAGACCCAAUAGAGCGAGGUCUCAGGGUUGUAUCCUUUACUGUCUUGGAGGCUCACACAAACAGGGUUCAUCCCAAAUGGCACCCUAUUCCCUUUAUAUUUUCUGGGGGUCUGGUCAAAAGUAGGGAAUAGGAUGCCAUUUGGGACACACACACUCAGACCUUUCUUGUGUACCCUUCUUUCAUUUCUUGCUGGAUCCCAGUUUCCUUAACUAACCCCCUCACCAGGUUGAAAUCACAAUUUUUGAGGACAGAAGUAUUUGCUCUGGAAGGUGAACCACACCAAAGGUGAGUGUUGUCAGGGAAAACAUUCACCUCAUUGAAAUGAGCUUUCUUCUCACCCUGUUAACUCUAACGGGGGAUUUCAAUGGAAAUAUGUACUACGUUUCACAGCAACCUCACAAAGGUUUCUAUAUAACUAGAAAGAAUAGAAGAAUAUUGACUUGUAGAUACUGUCAAAUGACAUGUUCUGACUUAAAUUCCCUCUGGUUAACGAGCAGCAAUUACAAGCAAUGUUAUUUCACAACCACUGCUCCUGGCCUAAAGCUAUAAGCUCUCAAGACUACCUUCACAGUAUUCUUAAUUUGAAGUUUGUUUGUUUUUGCUCUUAUGCAGGAUGGCCUAUUUCACCUGGUGCAUCCCAAUUGUCUCGCCACACACAUCAAUAAUUCCUUCUGGAUGUAGAGAUCAUUGUUUUCUGUUUUUAUUUAUUUCACAAAAUGGAUGGGCUAUGUGUGCUAGUAGCCUAUAUCCCGCUGAAACAAACACUACCUGUUUUUACAUGUUUAUUGAGAUUAUUCAUUUGAACGUGAAAAAGUCUUAUUCUAGUUUAGCAAGACCACACUUUUAGUAUGAAUGGUACCGUUUUGUUUUAUAUUGCCAUUAUAAACUCUUACUCAUUAAAGGUGCAUUGUGUAAUAUCUCCAAAUACAAAUAGCCCUUAAAGAUAUAGUUCACCCACAGUUUUUAAACCUGUGUUUAAUAUACCCUCUUUUGUUCACAACAUUAGCAAAAUGGUUCCUUACCUUGACAGUAGUCUAUGGGCCAGGAGAAAC